AUGGCGGAUUCAGCAUCACCAGACAUAGAAGGAGAAUGUGUAGAAGGUAAAAAUAAAGACAUACCUUCAAAACCAAAGGUUCAAUGGAUCCCUUGGAGGGAGAAAUAUGAUUCGAAUUCUCUUUCUCAGUGUGAACGAGAACGAGAUGAAGCAGCAAACAAAGCAAGAACAAACUGUUUAUGGAAUAUGCUUGCGGCAGUCAUGGCUAUGCUGCUUAUUCUAUGCGUCACUAAAGAUGUAUUCGAAUUAAUCACUUCGUUUGAUCAAUCUUGGAUUGGUUUUAUUUAUGGAAUCGAGGUUUUUCUGUGCGCAGCUGUAAUCAUUCAUUUAUUUUGGGAACGCCAACGAAUCAAAACCGAACCCCCUGUGAAAACCCAAGAUAUGGAAAAUGCUCAUCAUGAUUCUGAAGAAAUUAAGUCAAUAAUUAAACAAACUGAUGCAUUAAAAAAUCAUCACACCUUCUGGUGUACUGAUCGAGACACUUCUGAAGAGCGACCUCGAGAGUACAUUUCACUCUGCAAGACCUACACUCCAACUGUCGAUCCUGCUCUUCGUGAGCGUAUUGUGGAAGCUUACGUCGAAAUUUGCAGAGAUGCUCGUUACUCAUCGGAACCAACAUUUGUGUCACUAAGAAUGACCUGA